CAGGGAAAGAGUGACGGAAACUAGCGAGGUGUGUUGGGCCGCGAGAGGGAGAGGGAGAUAGAGUGUAAAUCGUGAAUAUUGUCGCGUUUCGACUGGUUGCUGCGCUUUUUGAAUAAUAAAUGAGGAGACCCAUACUCGCGUCGCGAUGGUACCUCCGCGCAUAGCCUACUGCUGCUGACUGGCGCAAUUUCCUGUUUUUUACGGACCCUGUCGGCGCGCAACUUUCUAUCGAUCGCACACGUCCAGAGUUCUAAAUAUACGGAGCCGGAGUAGCAUAGCGCAGCGUCACGUAGCCGUCGGUCGUCGUGAUCGCCGUCAGCCCAGCAGUAUUAAUUAGACGUAACCCGUGACGUCCUCCUCCGGCGGAGAAGAUGGACACGAUCGCGAACGAGGGGGACGAGGAGCGAGAGUGAGUGGGAGCGAACACGAGCGCGGUGAACUUGCAGACUACUAGAUCACUCGCGGAGUUUCAGUCGCGAGAGUGUGAUCCCACCCGUAGGACGUGUGUGUUCGUUCGGCUAGAGAGCUGUGCGCGAGAAUCGAGAUUGUGCGCCGCGUAGCGGUCGUUUUGAGAAACAGUGAUUUUUUUUUUCAUAUCAAAAUGAAAAUAUAAUGAAAACCCGCGAUUUUUUGUUACUGGCAAGGGGAAAAUAAGUUUGCAAGUGUAAAAUCCCGCACGGCGGGUUUGUGCUAAUGAGGAAGAAUAUUUUCCGCAACGAAGAAAAACCUCGCUCGAUAGGGUGCGAUUUUCCACGACAGUGAAGAAAAGUGCGGUUCUAAAAAUAAAAAUCUCGAGAAAGUGGCGGCAGCUCGUGUGUGAACAUGCUGCAGUAGCUGCAGAAAAUAGGAAACGAGAAGAUUUCCCUUCUCGCGAGGAAGAAGCUUCAUUGAAAAGUGAAAAAUAAUCGUGCACUCUCUGCGAAAAGAAGGGAAACACAACAAGCAAUCGAGAAGAAAAUCUCGUGUUUUUCAUUCUAGUUCAACGGAAAAUCAAAAGCCGAACGCUACCUAAAUGAAUGAAGCUUUCAAUUUCUAUUAUCAGAAUUUGUUCUCGAUAAGUGAGUGCGAAUCACCCCUCGUCGUUUCCAAACACUCUACACUGAUGUGAUGUGCUACCCCGUUUUUCACCAACAACUGUAGAAAAUUUUGCAAUUUGUGCCACAAAGGAAGACCCCCCGACCGGAUAACCUAGCAAAAUUCGAUGAAAAUUUCAUGGAAAAGUAGAAAAUUAUUCGCAACCAAGGCUGAUGCUAGAAUGAGUUGAUCAAAACAAAACAAAAUCAAAUAAGAAUAAUCGAAAGCGAAAAAUUAACGGUGCAAAACGAAAGCAAGAGAAAAGAAAAAGAGAGUACACCUUACUGCUCGACAAGUACUAAAUGUGUGUGUGCGUGUGCUCGCUGCGAUACAACACCCCAACAACACAUUGCGCCUGGAUUUCGACAAACCGAGAACAACAAAUCACACAUACGCGGUACACACACGCGAUACCGGAAGCCAACAAGCGUGCGCCGAGUGCGCGUGAGUGUGUGUGAGUGUCAGUGUGCUACCAUAUUGUGUUUUCUCUCAGCCAACCAGGGCGACCUCUGCGCUGCCCUCGCAAUCCCCGUGGAUGUGGAUAAUGAUGUCGAAGCAGUCCUCCGCUUCGUCGCCUUCGUCGAACGUGCAUAGCUUCGCCGAAGGCCAGUCGAACCAUCAGCAGGAGGACCUCGACGCGAUCGCGAAGCAGAUUUCCGAUCACGCCGAAGCAAUCUACCAGACAUGGAAAGCCCGUGGCCUAGCGCCAACUGAAAUCCUCAACUGCCAACUGCCGGCGGCGGACGGUGAAAAUGCUUUUAGCAAAACCCUGAGCCCUACGACUACUACCUCUUCCGCGUCACCUUUGUCGACCUCGCCGUCGUCGUCUAGCGUAAACCAGAAUUCCGCUUCCGGUGUUGCCGAACUGCUAGCGCAAGCACCCGAACUUUCCAACAACAGUCUCGAACAGCUGGUCAGUUCGUUCGUGAACGAAGACAAGGCUCGGAUCGCCGCACAGAAACGAGGUGCCGGACGACCGACUUCCGCUGGGUCGGCCAUCAAGAGUGUGCUUCAAAAGUUCGAACAAAACGGUGCUCAAAACCUGAACACUUCCCCCAUCAAUAAACCCAACUACAUCCGGCCAGGCAGUAGUGCACCGAACAAAGUGAACAAUAACAACAAUAACCUUAGUACCCUGAACCAAAACAACGUACCGGACGUCCUGAAGGAUACGAUCGUUGAAAAGCCCCGUGAAAAGCCGCAGACUCCGGUCAAGCCGGAACACUUGCUGAACCAUGUUCCUAGCUGGCCGCUGAAGAAUCGUGUAGUGAAAUCCACUGGCCAACAGCAACAAAACAGUUCCGACCAAGUCAAUCACCACCACAUGCCCAGCCCGUCAAGUUCCGGCAGCAGCAGUAGUAGUAACAGUGGCCUUAGUAGCAUCGCUGGCGGAACCGGUUUCAUCUCGAAGAAUACUGCGGAGCUUAUGGAUGAGGUCUCUCGGGAAGAAGAACGUCUAAUCAACGCACUGAAAACGGGAACUGUCCUCAACAGCAACGACCUACUGCCGGAGGUCAUAACGUCCACCCUGAGCGAACGGGACGUACCGGACUACGGUUAUAGCAGUAACAGUCGGCCCUCCGAUAUGGUGACCUCAUCGACCGUAGUGGCCAACGGUGGCAGCACCAAUGGCACCAACGGUACUAGCGCUGGCGCUGGCGCCGACAACAACUCCGGUGCACCAAAUGCCGUCGGUGUCAAACACUGGAACGGUGUCCCGAUGAAACCGAACCACAUACCGAUCCUCAGCCUUCACCAAAUCCACGAACAGCAGAAGCUGUCGACGAACUUUACCCGCAAUGUCGCAACCACAAGACUGCCGAAAGAUUUUGGCCGACCGGCGUCGUCGGACGAGAAGAAGGAGUUCCAGGCGAAGACCAUUCCUAGCCCGAUCCGGCCGUUCCUGUCCCGGGGCUCCGUGGCCGAGCGGGUGCUGAUCUUCGAGAAGUGUCCCGAGAAGGCACCGCCUCGGGAGCGACCGAAGGAAUCCGUCAAGGUGCAGUCCAAACCCGUCAACAGACUGAUCCCGCCAAACAUUCAUACGACGCUUCAGCGGCACCUGAGAAAUUCAACGAAAGCUCCCUACAUACCACAAUUCCACUUCCCGAAUGGCAAGCCACCGCCAGCGAUCACGACGGAAACGACCAUGCAGCGGUUGGAGCAGGUCUUCGAGAGUAUGCCAAACUACGAGUGCAGUCGGGACAAGUUCCACAAGAUUGUCACCAUGUGCCAAGUGCCACUGUACUGGCGAGUACCGCUCUUCAUGUGCACCCCGCAAACGGCCAGUGGUUGCGUGAACGGUGACAAAUUCAUCAGCUUCUGGCGACAAAUGACCACCUUCUGCCAUGAUCCAGCGUCCCGCUUUACGUACAUCAUGUCCCGAGGGGACCGCAGUAGACCGUACAUUCUUCCGGAAGACUUCGCCUCGCUAAUACAGGACGUCGUCGAUACCCAUCCGGGGUUGGCGUUCCUCAAGGAGGCGGCCGAGUUCCACUCGCGCUACGUCCAUACGGUGAUAGCUCGAGUCUACUACAAUGUGAAUCGUAGUUGGACGGGGAAGAUCACGGUACCCGAACUGAGAAAGAGCAACCUGCUCGAUGUGAUACAGCUGCUGGAGGAGGAGGAGGACAUCAACCAGAUCAUGGCGUACUUUAGCUACGAGCACUUUUACGUCAUCUACUGCAAGUUCUGGGAGCUGGACCGGGAUCACGAUCUGUACAUCGAUCAGCAGGAUCUGGCCCGGCAUAACGAUCAUGCACUCUCAUCACGUAUGAUCGAGCGGAUCUUUUCCGGCUGUGUGACGCGUGGCCCCCGGCGAGGCAAUCCCAAUCCGAUUGUGGUGGGCCCCAAUGGACCAAAGAUGUCCUACACGGACUUUGUGUGGUUCCUGCUGGCGGAAGAGGACAAGACACACCCGACGGCGAUCGAGUACUGGUUCCGCUGCAUGGACGUCGACGGCGACGGGAUGCUCUCGAUGUACGAGCUGGAGUACUUCUACGAGGAACAGCAACACCGAAUGGAAUCGCUCGGCAUCGAGACGUUACCCUUUGAAGACUGUUUGUGCCAGAUGCUGGAUAUGAUCAAGCCCACCACGCCCGGCUGUGUCACGCUCGCCGAUCUGAAACGGUGCAAGAUGACGCCCAUCUUCUUCGAUACGUUCUUCAAUCUGGAGAAGUACAUGGAACACGAACAGCGGGAUCCAUUCGCGCAACGUGAUAAUGACGAUCUCUCGGAUUGGGAUCGGUACGCCGCCCAGGAGUACGAACUGCUGGUGGCCGAAGAGGGAGGAGACACUCAAGGCUAUGGCUGCCUAGACGCAGCAGACGACUCCUGUGAUCUCGGCAUCAUCUUGAGUCGACGACCGUUGCCAUGUCACGGCAACUCUUCGUCGACCUCAUCGUCAACGUCGGCGGCCGGCAAUGCAAGUACUUCAAUUGGCCGGACCACCAGUACCGUGUCCGUUUCCUCCGCCGUAGUGACACGUCAGCACUCGAGCAAGACAGACAAUAGGGCUGCUGUCAUUGCUGCUACUGCCACUGUUUCCGCUUCUGCUGAUACUACUACUACUACUACUACUAGUGAUACUACUGCUACUAAUACUACUACUACUACUACUUCGGCUACAGCAGCGCAAGGCAGAAAAGCGAUUGAUAAUGAAAUUGGUGGAUUUUAUAGUGCAUUUUGUGUGUAAGUAACUAAAACAAAAACAAUCCAAUUCCACCUGUCCAAAUGAACCCGAAAUCAAUUUUUUUUAAUAUAAAUAUAUAAAUAACUUAGUAUGCUCCUUAACACUACCUUCCUAACAUAGCUUUCUUUGUUUGAUCCACUCUUAGAAAGUCUCCCACAACAUUAAAAAAAAAUCAAAAGAAUUGGUUUAGAUGUUCCUUGUACAAAUUCAAACUUCAAUCAGGUCUACACAGAAAAAAAAAACACGAAAACUGUUUCCGCAAGCCAAAUCAAGGACCGAUCGGGCACUUUUUGUUCCAGUGUAGAAAAGUGUUCCCCGAUAGCCUGUCAGUUGUCUCUUUCUCUCUUUCCCGUUCUCUCUGUGUUUGUUGUAGAUAUGGUGUACCUUUUCGUCUUCGAAAUCUAAUUGUUCUGAAUGUCGCUACUAAAACAAUCUGCCUGUCCGGACCUUUUAAUGUUUCUACACAAAACCGUUUUGUUCCCCUCCUACCCGUCAAAUUGCGUUCAAACAAAAAUAAUGUACAUAACAAUCGUCAAUGUUCAAUACGGCACAUAUAGCUGUGCUUGGUGAAGCACAAGCAUACACACACACCUAUGUCUUUGUCCCACGAUUGUAUUUAUGUGUAUCAUUAUUUACUUCCGAAAAAUAUUGAUGUUUUAUUUUUCAGUGUGUUUAAUAUGUAAAAGGAAGAAACCUUAUUUGAGAGUUGUAUGAAUUUCCCAAUGUUUUUUUUUCCGAAGUAGCGCUCGU